AUGAGUGCUCUGGAAGACGACUUCAGCAAACUCACUCUUGAGUACCUUCCCGAGCAGAAGGAGAAUAAUGACCGGCACAAUACCGAUGACGAGGAUUUCGAUGAUGAGCCCCAGGAAAUUCAGCCGUUCAGAUUUUUUGAUCUACCUUCCGAGAUCCGGUUGAAGGUAUACGACUAUGUGUUAUUUGGAGAUACGAAGAAAAAAGGACCACCACGUACCAAUGGCAACGUGGGCUCAUCACGGAAAAACAAGCUAUUAGCACCCUUGUCCCAUCGACUGUCUUUGUUCCUCGCAUCCCGACGUAUCCACGAGGAAGCCUCGGUGCUGUUCUACUCCGUGCAAACGUUCCGCGUAUUCCAGAUCCAGGAUUAUUCUCGACAACCGACGUUAAUCAGUCUAGCGCCCUCUUAUCGGCCACUUAUAAAUAAGAUCGAACUCAUUCUCGGCUCGAGCUGGACAGCUCCUCCAAAAUCAUGGAAAGUCACGAAACACCUUGGAUUGACGGAAAUGACUGGUGUUCGGACUUUGAAAAUUUUCAUCCAGUGUGAUCCGUCGCAUCCUGUCUUUGAGGGGUUUAGGAUUUCGUCCGAUUUCUACACUGGCUUUGCCGGGGGUUUAGUACAGAAGAUUCUGGAGCAGUUGCCGAAUCUAUAUCAGGUGGAACUUGACGCCUGGCCGUCGGUUCAGAAGAACGGACCAUUAAUGAGACGGUUACUUUCCGAAGUUCGAGCCGCAAAUGUAAGGAUUCGCUGGGGACCUGAACGUGGUUGGAAUGAUUGGGAAGACGAAGACUGGAAUACUAGCACAGGUAAAACGAGUAUUGGUCCAGUGGCAACCGGUGAACGACAUAAGAACUCGGUGCCUGUUAGUCAGAGAAGCCAUGUGUCGGCCACGGGCAUAACGACGGACCCAGCGCAUGCUGAGUCUGGUACAGUACUCUAG